AUGCGGACGAGCAGGAAGCGCUCGGCGGCGCCGACCGAGGCCGACUCGACGAGCGCUUGCUUGUGGCUGCCCCAUGAGGCCAUGACGGGCGACGACGUCACGUGCACCGCCGAGGGCCGGCUGCCCGUCCAUCCGACGAACCGGCCGACGAUUCUUCAGCGACUGACGCUGCGCAUUGCCAGCAUUGCCGCGCAGGACUCGCUCGUCAUGGCUGCGGCGGCGACCCUGCCAUGGUCGUGGUACGUGCCCGGAUUACGCAAGCUGAUAGAGACGCUUGUGCCAUCACUCGCGGUCGUCGAACCGCACAGCCACAAGUUGGAGCGAGCAGCCAUUCAGCGCCGGACCCAAGACCAUCUGUUUCACAACCCACACAGUUGA